AAAGUAGUUUGAAUUAUGACAUAAUCUUAAACCACCCGACUGUCUCUUCUUCCUUCCGAAGGCACGCGCAUGAAAAAUAGUUAGUCGGGUUGCCACUUUUUGUAGUAGGUCCGACCCGGUAAUACAUAGAACAAACAAAAUCAAUGAAAUAAAAAUCCACGAAUUUAAACAUCGCCCAACAAUUCUCAUCUUUGUCUACUCGAUCGAUUGAGCUACCAAUUGCUGAAUUACCCGCUCAAAUUUUAUCUUAUAAUUCACCUGUAAGUUCUCGAAUUACGAUUCAAUUUCGCUGUAAGGCUCAAUUUAUAGGUGAGAAAUCAAAUUCAGCUUUGAAAUCUAGGGUUUCAUUGUUUAAUGAAUGAAACCCUAGGCGUGUUUGGCUUGUGGAUUACUAUUGAAGUUUUUGAAAAUUGUUGGUAUUUAUCGCGUUCUCAAUUUUAGAUAAUUAUAGAGUAAGUCAUCAGAGAAAAUGAAGGUGAUUGAUGGUUUUUAUAGCGCUAAAAACCCUAAAUUGAGAAGGGUUUUUAACGGAUUUUGUAGUAUGAUCCUAUUGUUUUUGUUCUAUAGCCACUUAGAUAGCCUUAGAAACCCAUAUAUUGGUCAAAAAUCAACUCUUCAUGAUAGGAAAAUGAUUGAAGUUGGUGCAGAUUCACCGUCGUUUACUAAUGCCACAAAUAACCAAAUCGAUGUGAGCGUAAAAGAUCCAGCUCUGUGCAGUGGGUUGUUUGAUCAUAAGACAUAUGCUACUCCGUGUGAAUACUUGCAAGCGAACCCGGAAUGUUCGUCCGGUGGAUUCUUUAAUUAUAUCAAGUUUAUGUAUUGCGAUUGUGGAGAUUUUAUAGUAUUGGGUUAUGCAUUGUUGGGUGUUUGGCUUGUUGCUUUGUUUUACUUGUUGGGGAAUACUGCAGCAGACUACUUUUGUUGUUCAUUGGAGAAGUUGUCUGGUCUUUUGAAGCUGCCUCCUACGGUUGCUGGUGUUGCGCUCCUUCCGCUGGGAAAUGGAGCUCCAGAUGUGUUUGCGAGUAUUGCUGCUUUCACGGGUAAAGAUGCUGGAGAUGUUGGUCUUAAUAGUGUGUUGGGCGGUGCGGUGUUUGUUACAUGUAUAGUUGUUGGUGCAGUUUCGUUAUGUGUAGCAGAGAAGCAAGUUCAGAUUGAUCGGAAAAGUUUUAUUCGAGAUAUCUGUUUUUUCCUAUUUACGCUACUGUCUUUGCUGGUGAUUUUGAUUAUUGGUAAGGUCAGUGUUGGAGCAGCGAUUGCUUUUGUCUUAAUUUAUGUGAUUUAUGGCAUUUCUGUCGCUGCUAGUGAGCUUUUCAGGAAACACGCACGGAGGUUAAAAUUGGAUGUUAUUACACCAUUGAUUCCUGUGCGAGGAAGUAUAUUCUCUUCAGGGAGUUAUGAAGACGAUUCAAAUAUAUAUAAUUCUCUGCUUGAUAUUGAGACAGAUAGCGACAUUCCCCAUCUACCUUCCUCUCUACCGUCGUGGAUGUGGGCUUCCAAUGUGGCAAUUUAUUCUCAUCACUCAUUGAAAGGCAGUACGCUGGAUGACGAGAGGCCUCCGUGGGGCUGGACUGAUGAGGAAAUGGAAACCAAAAGCUCCUCGUUCUCAUGUUCUGGAUGCUUUUCGCUGAUUGAGAUGCCUUUGACAAUUCCGAGACGGUUAACAAUUCCAUUAGUAAAUGAGGAAACAUGGUCCAAACCAUUUGCUGUAGCCAGUGCUGCAUUGGCUCCUAUUCUUCUGGCAUUUCUGCGGAACAGCCAAGACGACGUGGGUCCUCAUAGUAGAAUUGUGGUGUAUUUUUUCGGUGUCGCAGUGGGUUCUACCCUUGGUUUUCUCGCAUACAAGUAUACUUUACCCAAUCACCCACCUCAAAGGUUCUUGCUUGCCUGGGUAUUGGGCGGUUUUCUGAUGAGCAUCGUGUGGUUCUACAUGAUAGCUAACGAGCUUGUAGCUUUGUUGGUGGCAUUUGGCUCGGUGUUUGGGAUUAAUCCAUCAAUCCUCGGAUUAACCGUAUUAGCAUGGGGUAACUCGAUGGGUGACCUAGUAUCGAACGUUGCACUGGCAAUGAACGGCGGCGAUAGCGUGCAGAUUGCUUUGUCGGGAUGUUACGCAGGUCCUAUGUUCAACACACUCGUUGGCUUGGGGAUCUCAAUGCUUAUAGGAGCCUGGUCGGAGAGUACCGGCGUAUAUAUAGUACCAAAAGACAAUAGCUUGUUUUACACAAUGGGAUUUCUCAUGACAGGACUAAUAUGGGCACUUGUUGUUUUACCUCAAAAUGCUAUGCGACCUAAUAAGCUAUUAGGGUUUGGCCUUAUAACCCUGUAUUUGAUUUUUCUUUCGGUGAGGGUGAGUAUGGCAAUGGGUUAUGUAUUCAGUUGACAUAUUGGUUUUGGUGACUAUUGUAUUAAUCUGUAAAGCUAGUUUCUCUGAA